UUCUCGGCGAGAUUGUAUUGGUUUUUACAGCGUAAUCGACCAAGCUGUUGUUGCUUGGUUAUGUGUUAUGCCUGGACAAACUGAAGACCCGAUUGUAGAAGUGUGGGCAAACAAUGUGGAAAGCGUUUUUAAAGCGAUCAGGAAGACUGUGAAGCAAUACAACUAUGUUGCGAUGGACACAGAAUUCCCCGGGGUGGUGGCACGCCCUAUUGGAGAAUUUCGAACCAACUCCGAUUAUCAAUAUCAGCUUCUGCGCUGUAAUGUAGAUAUGUUAAAAAUUAUUCAACUUGGUUUAACAUUUAUGGAUGAAAAUGGUGAAACACCACCAGAUGUAUCUACUUGGCAGUUCAACUUUAAGUUUAACUUGACUGAAGAUAUGUACGCUCAAGACUCAAUUGAUUUGCUCAACAAUUCUGGAAUUCAGUUUAAACAACAUGAAACGGAUGGAAUUGAACCUUUGUAUUUUGCUGAGUUGUUGAUGUCAUCUGGUGUUGUAUUAAUGGAAAAUGUUAAAUGGGUUUCUUUCCACAGUGGUUACGACUUUGGAUACUUGUUAAAAAUAUUAACAAACAAUAAUCUGCCAAUGGAUGAAUCUUUAUUUUUUGAAUUACUACAAAUGUUUUUCCCAACAAUUUAUGAUAUAAAAUACAUCAUGAAAAGUUGCAAAAAUUUAAAGGGAGGGUUGCAAGAAGUUUCCGAACAAUUGGAAGUGGAAAGAGUUGGAACUCAACAUCAAGCUGGGAGCGACAGCCUGCUUACUGGGAUGACAUUUUUUAAGAUGAGAGAGAAGUACUUUGACAAUGAAAUGAAUAUUCCGAAAUUUUGUGGCCAUUUAUAUGGACUUGGAAGUUCCUACAUACAGAAUGGGAAUCCAUACAGUGCUGAAGAAUACAACAAGAAUUAAAUUUGAAAAUUUCGAUUGUUAGAUUAAAAUGCAUUUACUUUAACUUUUCUUUUAUAGUUUUUGGCAAGUGUUUUAAAUACAAUGCUAAUAAACGCAAAAAAAUGUUUAAAAAAA